UCUCGCGAGAAUUGUGACCUCCGUCGUGACGCUGCAACUGCAAAAUUUUCGUUUUCGCUUCGUUGUUUUUAAUAAAACGCUCCGUGUUUCCCGGCGUUGAUCUGAAAUAUCUGCGUGUUACCGGACAGGUGUUUAUUUCGGUCAGAAGGGAGGAACGUGACUUCCGCAUCCGGUGGGUUCAGUUCGCGGGUCUUUGAGCUCAACUUAAAGUGGUUUGAAUAAAAGUCUCCCAGCGACACGUUAACCGGCUCCGACUGUAUGAUAUCUCCAGUCUGUUUAAUAUAUGAUAUGUAUAGUCUCUGCUCCUGGCGGGUCUAUGUCGUAUAGUCGUUGUUUUAGCGUUAAACCGGAGCUUCCAACCGUCUGUUCGGUGCCUCGGAGCAGAGAAAUGUCGCUGCUGUCGUCGGUGGAGCGUCUCAUAAAGAUGUACAAAGAUGAACAGGUCCAGAUUAACGCCAGGACCGAAGUCUACAGAGAAAUACUGCGGAGCCUAACACCAGAACCCAAGACGAGCUCCGAUGGGUCAGAACCAGCCGAUGAAGCUGCAGCAGAAGUUGAUGUCUCACCUCAGGAGAAGGAGGACAUAGAUUUACUGGAGCGAGUUCUGCAGAAAGCUCUUCAGGUUCGUACCUCCGCAGAACCUUCUAAAGCAGACUCUGGUGGACAGAAGCUGUCUGGACCUGGAAGGGAAAUCAGUGUUUCAUCUGCAGCCGUUAAAGGAAGGAAACCAACAGCCAUGAAGUCAGCCUUUAAAUCCGCCAGUCUGGACAGAAAACAGCAGAGAAAACCUGGAUCCUGCUCCACUCUGGGCUCCAGACCUUCAGCUGCCUCCAAACCUAAUGAAGACCUUCCUUCCUCCUCAGAUGGUCCAGCAUUGCUCUCCAGGAACCACCAGCUGAGAGGAGACUUGAGCAGAGCUGCUUCUGGAUCCACAGCUUCAGACUGCAGGGAGCUUCAGCAGAGCAGGAAACCUUCUGAACACGCUGCUAGAUGGAGAUCUGGAAGGAACAAGCAAAACAGGUUGUGGGAUAAAGUCACGGCCCUCCAGAGGAACUCUGCCCCAGGGAGGAGUGUCUUCAUGGUCCGACUGAGAGCUCUGUUUCCCAGCGAGUGGCCGAGCGGCAGCCCCGACCAGACCAGAGCUGUGGACAGACGGACCCACCGAGACCACCAGGACCAGACCAGAGCUGUGGACAGACGGACCCACCGAGACCACCAGGACCAGACCAGAGCUGUGGACAGACGGACCCACCGAGACCACCAGGACCAGACCAGAGCUGUGGACAGACGGACCCACCGAGACCACCAGGACCAGACCAGAGCUGUGGACAGACGGACCCACCGAGACCACCAGGAUCCUCGGUCCAGAACCCCAGAAACAGCCUCAGAGUCGGGCGGUCGGGAUGAAGAGUUCGGUUCCUGUGAGAUGCCACCAGAGAUCCAGACUUCUGCACAUCGAGUGGACCAAGAGUGGAAAGCAUGGGAUCGAUGGAGGCCAGAGGGAGGCCGGCUCUGCCCCGCUGGGGUAAGUGCUAGGAUAACUGCCCCUCUGCCCCUGACCGUCACCUAUACCACAGAGGCUGAGCUCCAGCAGCUGGAGGAGCUGCGCCUGAAGGUGGCGCUGCUUCAGCAGGACGUUCACGUGGAACAGGUUCUGCUGGACUGUCUGUCCCCUCGGCUCUGGUCUGGAGAACCUGGAGGUCUGGACCUCGGGGUUCUGAGGGACCUGUACUCGCUGCUGGCUGAAGGAGGCCUGCGUUUCCCUGCAGUGGUCCUGGACUCUGAAUAACCCAACACCAUGGAGAACCUGUCACUAGAACCAGAACCUCAUCAGAUAGUGUGACCCUGAAGGUAAACAGGUGUACCUAAUAAAGUGAUCACUCUUUGUGAAGUCCAUCACUGUGUUCUUUCAGUAUCUGAUGACUGUAAUAACAGAAUAAAACUGGACUGUUUAUCGUC